AGUGUUUACAGGCUAUAUAGUUUAGGUAAGACGAUGGCGACCUCCAGCGAAGUUGUCGAUUCUUCAGAAAAGGCAGUUAAAAAGACCCAAAAUGAAGCGGGGCCAUCGAGUCUAUUUGCCAUGUACACUUAUCAUGCUAACAGACCAAAUAACAACCAGGACCUCGGUCCAGAUGGAGAUAAAGAUCCAAGGAAAACUUCAGUACCUGAUUUUCUCCAGCGGGAGGCAACUUCUAACAGAGAUUUCAGUCUAUCAGUGAUAGCAACCGAUUUAAAUGCUGAGGAUGAGACGGAUCUGAGAGAGUUCAUUGCUAGGAGGUUAUCCAGAGGGACAGUCUAUGGUGGAACAGGGAACGUCAACACAGUCGACAUUGGAAGUCGUGUGAUGGCCUGCUACUACUGCCUGCUACGUCAGGGAGCACAUCCAGGCAUUGAGAGGGAGAUAGAAAGUGCCAUGGAUUCAAACUCCUUCUACACGUCUCAAGAAUGUGUCAUCUGCUUUCUCAGCUCACCUACCAGUGCUCUGGAAUUAUUCCGACCAGAAUUAGAUUUGAUCAGCGAAGGUGUACUUCCACUUCUAGAACAAAAGGGAGGCAAUUCUGCUGAGAUUCAGAGUCAUUUAGAGCACUGGUACCAGCAAGCGUCGGGCUAUGUAUGUCGCUGUGUGGAGAGACUCAAAGAAGAUGUGGCAUACCUCAUCAAUGCUGCUCUUCUUGAGAUUCGUAUGGAAGUAGUGGGUGCUGAGAGUUCACUGAAACAAGACAUAGAAAGGUUCAUGAAAGCAUGCAGCCUUUCAGACCUCUUACAGUCAUCAGAAGACAGCUCAUCACAGGUCCUCUCUGAUCCUAUCCUCAUUGACAUUGAUGAAGCAGGCAAUGCACAGACCAACGUUAGAUCACCGUCCAGGGGACCAUCCAAGAGCAGGCUGGUGUUUGAAGGGGAUUCUUAUCGUUUUGAAAACGCUGAAAAAUCUUGGUUUUGUGAGGAGUGGUCCAGCACGAUGUUGAAAGGGGGCGACACCCUAAACCCAGCAUUCCUCCGUCAGGUAAUAGAGGACUACAAGCUACACACCAUACAAGAUCUCAACACACUGAAGAGACUCAUCCGUCAGGCAGAGACAGACCACUACGCCCUCUACAGGGCGUAUGCUUUCCUUCGAGACUGUGGCUGUGGGGCCAUCUUAUUACGUCAUAUCUGGAAGGAUGAGAAUACCAUCCAAGCUAAAGACACUCAGAACGUUCUCAACGUCUUGGAAGAGUUCAUCUCGGAGACCGACAGCUCAAAUCUCGCUGCUUGAAAGACAGGUGGUGAUGUACAAAUUUAUCAGUAUUUAUAUCCUUUUAAGAAUGAAAAAAAAGUACUUAUGCUGUCAUUUAUCCUUUCAGUUCAAGCCAUAGCUCAUAGAGACUCAACAGUCAAUUCAUAAAAGUUCCAAUAACUCCCUUUCACAUACAAUCCCUGUGGAAGGGAACAGUUCCAUGGACUUGACCUAUGAAUCAGUGCACUUAUGUCCCAACUAUCUCCCUGUACUAGCUAUGUUUUAAGCAUCAUGAUCUGAUAAUUUUACCAAUUGUUUUUACCUCUUAAGCAAAAUAGAAAUCUUGCUUUUUAAAUUGUGUCUAUGAUUUAUUGCCAACUUGUUGAUCAUGAUGAUUGUAAAUAAUUUUACAGAUGUCAAAUGACAAUAUAUAUCGUAUGAGAUAAGAAUGUGUAUGUUAUUUUAGGUAUCAUUUUGAUAUAUUACAAAAUGUAUGCCAUGAUUGGAUAGUAAAUAUUCACUGCUGCUUUAGAAGAAGAAAAAAUGACAAUCAAUUGACUAUUAAGGCCCAUUGACUAAUACUCAAGUCCUUAAGGUGUACAACUACUUUACCUUCCAAUCCAUAAAUAUCUCCUAUCUUAUUUUUCAUAGACCAAUUCAUCAUUGAAUUCAAAUUGUGUGAAUAUUCUGUUUAUCUUCUCUAAAUUAAUAUCUAUUUAUAGGCUUUCCUGACAUAGUAGAUAAUGAUAUACGAUUUCUCUUGAUCCACUUCAGGUGAAAUUAUUAGACAAGUAUUAAAAAUGAGUGUAUUGUUUCAGAUUUUGGAAUGAAUUGGAAAAGGCUUGUUGAUUUACGAGAUAUAAUCUUGCCACGCAUCUUGAAUGUUAUGGUCAAACAAUAGAUGAUGUAUUUUGACAUUAGUACAUGUAUCACACGUUCUUGACCGACAGUUUCACUUCUACGUCUUGGAUCUUUAAGAUUCACUUAUUUUACUGAAUAAAGUUUUUAUUAAUGUCUAUAAGUGGGAGGAAACUCACCUACUGGUAUCGCUGAUAUCUUAAUGACAUAUAGUCAUGUCUAAAUAACAUUUAUUUAGUGAAAUGUGUUGUAUUAACCUUUGUUGAUUGUUUAAAAGAUUUGCUCAUGCCAAAUGCUUCUUUGGUUUAAGAACGAGAUUGACACAUUCGAUGUUAGUCAUACUGCAAGCCACUUUCCACUGGUAUAUACAUGUAGGGUACCCUGCAGAAGGCAAAUAAUAUAAGUGUUGACAUUACAUAUGGAGAAAAAAAAUCCCUGCUUAGAAUUGGGGAUAAAUGAAGUUUGUUGUUGUUGAUUUAUACUAGUACUUAUUGGUAUUUUAGGUAUUGAAUCAAUUGGGAAAUGAUAAAAAUACACAAAAAAUGUUUGUGUAAAUUUGUUAUUUGAAUUAUGCCAGAAGUAUGUAACAUAAGGGUACAUAAAUGUAAAAGAUAUAUUUAAUAUUUUCUUUUGGAAAAUUAAAAAAAAAGAAGAUUAUUCCAUCAAAACAAGAAUUCACAGCACUGGACCAUCAAUACAUGUUGUCAUGUAUCUCGUUUUGUUUAAGAAAAAAAAUCUUGUUAACGACUUAGUAACAAGAACUUCUUUUGAUGUCUGUAUUAAAGUUACCAGUCUUGUUAUCUAUUGUAAAUACAUAGACCAUAAACAAAAUGUGCAAUUUGCCUCAUGAAUUAAAGGAUUUAACAUCGUUAUAUUCUGUUCUUAUAUUUUAAAUGUUAUUAAAAUCAAUAUUAUCAUUUGAAAGCAA